GUGGAGACUCCUGAAGGAGGCCUGUUUUACUCACUCUCCCUUCCCCGUUGGCAGAGUGUGGAAGGCAGCUGGACAGCUGAUACACUGACUGAACUCUCACCGGCCUCUCAUUCAGGAGCAAAAGAAUGCUUUACACUGAGUUACUGCGGUUGUGGGAUGAGUCGGUGCAGGCGGUGGACGCCAAGGACUGGCAAGGAGCUCUGUCCAAACUGGAGCAGAUCAGUGAACCCACAUCUCGCACGCUGUUCAACACUGCCACAGUUCACCUGGUUCUGGGACAGCUGGACCUGGCCCUGACGGCUUUAGACCUCACCAUUGCCAAGGAUGAACGUCUGGCUGUUGGCUUCUUCCAGAGAGCAGCAGUGAUGCUGCAGAUUGGCAGUUUGGAGGAGGCUCUGUCAGACUGUAUCUGGGCACAGAAGCAUAUGAGAGGAAACAUGGUCAUUGACUACAGACAGCUGGGACUGCGAUUCAAACUCUACAGCUGGCAGGUAUUAUAUAAUGCAGCAGCUGCGUACUGCCGGAUGGGCCAGUGGGAGCAGGCCAGGGAGGUCCUGCUGUCAGCCUCCCAGGAGAGAGGAGCAGGUCGAGGAGGAAACAUAGAGGCGGCUAUGGAAAGCGUCCUGAGGGAAGAGGUCCUGGCUCCUCUCCUUGUGCCUAAGGAGGUGGUGUUUCGUCCCAGGAAACAGGAUGUGGAGCAGCUGCAGCAAAGAGACUUCCUGGGCAAAGCAAAGGUGAUUUCCUCCAUGAUUCCCAAUGAUGAUUUUGGAGGCUUUGAACCUCUGAGGCUGCAGAAACCUGGUUUCUAUGAGCCCAAGGUGGAUGGAGCUCAGGAUUCUCGAUACAUGCGCAUGCGGACCCCUUACAUGGGUCGGGGCCCAGGACAGCUGACUGUGCCGGGAGGGGCCAUGGUGUUUUUAUUUGGCGAGGAGGACAGGGAUGGGAUGGCAACUGUCAUAUAUGAUGGACAGAGAGGACUUCUGCCAAUGUCCCUGCUCGAUCCUGCAGAUGUCAAGACGUCCAAAGGAAAAAAGAAACUUCCCAGUGGGAUCCCUCUCCCACCGGGACUCAAGCCACCCACUCGCCCACAGGCCCAGCCCAGCCCAGCAGUUGCUCCUCGAGUACGUGCUCCCUCAGAAACUCCACCUCCAUCCUACACUACUGCCACCCACAUACCGCUGCAGACCUCAGAGAAGUACACAGCCAACGCAGCCAGCGACCAGGAGGCGGGUGUAGCUCAGGGAGCAGAGGUGGACUCUGUGGUGCUGAAGGUCCACUACACAUACACUGUGGCUCUGUCUGUCCCUCUGGACACACCGUAUCGUGAAGUGAAGGAACGCAUCGCACUGAAAUUGGGCCAGCCAGCGUCUCAUCUGCGCCUCAGACAUAAGCAGCCUGGCUCCCGGGUGCUGAUACCUCUGGGUGGGGAGGUGGAGCCAGGCCUCACCGUGCAAGAGGUAGCUGAGUCUGGCAGAGCCACCCUGUGGUGCCAGACAGAAGACCCCCUGGAACACCGUACCAUCCUCUACCAGAUGGUGGCGCGAUAUGACUACACUGCUCAGGGCCCAGAGGACCUGGAGUUCAGCGAAGGAGACACCAUCGACAUCCUGGGUGAAGUUAAUGAGGAGUGGCUGGAGGGACACAGUGCAGGAAAUAUCGGCAUCUUCCCCAGCUGCUUUGCCUACAAGGAGAACGCCGACGUCACCCAGAGCGCCGAGUUAUAAAAGCAGACGUGUUACUGUGCAGUCAUCUCUAAUAAACCUAUUCACCUGAGAAUGGUGGCAGUUCACAGCCUCAGAAUAACCAAACAACACCCUCAUAGGGCAGCCCAGCCGCACAGCAGUUCGUGAAAUAGUCAAAUGUAUUGAUUCGUGUACAUAGACAUGAAUUUCACACCUUUUUCACGAUGGUCAGCAUGAAAUCGAUUUGUAUGUAAUCCACGUAAUUGUGAACCGGGAAGUAUAGAGAGCGGCGAACGGCGUGUAGGGAGCAGGUCGGGGUAGAUGAUUGGGUCAAAAAACACAGGACUUUUGCCCAGGAGACCGGUGUUCGGUUCUCUUCCGGUGUUAUUUUAACACAAACCACAAUCUUUUCCUAAGCCUAACUAAGUAGUUUGUUGCCUAAGCCUAACCAAG